AUUGCUUUCAGAGUUCACGCAAGACGUGCCGGGAAAGAUGCGCGCGCGCACGAUCUAAUUGAGAAGAAUCUAUUUUGGAAGGAUAAGAAGUUCCGCGUGAAUUCGCGACAUGGACGCGUUUACAAAGUGUUGCAGAUCGUAAAAUAUAGCUUCCCUCUUUCGUUCCUGUUGUCUUGGAACGACAGAAAUUAUGAAUCACGACGAUGUCACUGCGCCCGAAUCUUGCGUGGCUCCUCGCAAAUCUCCGUCGCUACAGCAAUGAUAUUGCACUUUGGCGGUCGCGCUAUCGUUACCGAGGACGUCGCUUUCAUUCGUCGGCGAUGACGCGUUGUCGUGACGAGUAUCCUAACCAGUGGUAUCCCAACCUUCCUUCAACCGCGCUUUCUCGUAACCCUCGCGCGCAGAUCCGUGAGCCACAAACAAUGGGGCCCAUUAACGAUGAAGAGAAGGAGGAAGACAAGAAGGAGCAAAAGGGUUUUUUCGUGGACGCGCAAGAGACGAUACUCGUGUUAACGAGAAUCACGAUUGUUACCUCGAUUAUCAUCACUCUGCUCGCCGCGUAUUUGAUUACGCGCCUAACCCACACGAGUUUAUUUCUCGUCAUCCUGCGAAAAGGAAUCGAGUAUCUCGGGCCGAUUUUUAUCAAGUUUGGCCAGUGGGUAUCCACGCGGCGGGACGUUUUCUCGCAAGACGUCUGCGAUACGCUCUCGCGGCUGCAACGGAACGCGACGCCACACCCCUGGUCGUAUACAGAGCACUUGCUCGAGACGACGUACGGUCCUUCUUGGCGGAACUUAUUCGUGAGGUUCGACGAUAAGGAACCGAUCGGCUCAGGUUGCUGUGCGCAGGUAUACAAAGCGUGGAUCGAUCUAAGUGCGACGCAGGAUCCUCAGACAUCGCGUUUCGUGGAAAAUAAAGCUCUCAAUGAAAGCGAUGAAUUCGCGUCCGCCAGUCCACGUUCUAGGAAAUUGCAAACCGUAGCGGUAAAAGUGUUGCAUCCCGGAAUCAAAGGCCAACUCAAAAGGGACAUCGCGAUAAUGCGCGGCCUUUUCAAGUGCAUCACGUACUUUAUUCCGAAAUUGUAUUGGCUCAGUCUCACGGAUUGCGUCAACGAAUUUGCACGUAUAAUGGAAGAUCAAAUUGACAUGCGACUGGAAGCCUCUAAUCUCGCGAGAUUUUCGACGAAUUUCUCAAGGAGAAACGACAUCGUAUUCCCGUAUCCUUACACGCACCUGACACGACGCAAAAUACUCGUCGAGAGUUUCCACGAGGGUUCACCGAUAUCCAGUUAUCUUGAACAUGACGAUGUUGCUUUACAACGAAGACUCGCCAAAAUAGGAAUCACAAUGAUCCUUAAAAUGAUAUUUAAGGACAACUUCAUCCAUUGUGACUUACACCCGGGCAACAUUCUAGUCGAAGAAGCGGUCGUCCCGAAGGCAAGCCUGUUCAACACUUUUCGGUGGGUCAUUACCCCCGAUUACGUGGCGCACGACCCACGCCUGGUCAUACUGGACUGCGGCCUAGUGGUAUCUCUGAAUGAUCGCUGCCGACAAAAUCUCCGUGACGUUUUUUACUCAGUGCUAAUGGGAAACGGAGAAAUGGCAGCGCGAUAUAUUCUGGAGCACAGCUCGCACAUGACUCCCGACCCGGACGGUUUCACGUGCUCAAUGAAGAACAUCGUCAAGUCGCACCUUUGUAAUCCGUUUAAGGUGAACGUAAGUACCGUUGUGUCGGAAUUAUUCUCCGCGAUGGUUCGUCACCGAGUCAAACAGGACGGAUCCUUCAGCAGCGUAAUCCUCAGCAUGCUGGUGAUUGAGGGUCUCGGCCGGUGUCUGGACCCCGACGUCGAUAUUUUCACGGAGCUCCUGCCCUACGUCCUCAGCAGCGUCAUAUACAACGAGUAAAUAGCACGGCUCUGAACAAAAGGCAACAAAUCCGGAAUGUUACAAUUUCUGAAAUAUUAUUUUGCUUGUACAUCCCUCGUAAACAAUAAGUGUACCAAUAAAACAAUUAUCUGCGUGAAUUGUAAAAA